CGCACUUCCGGGUGUUGUCUGGCCGCCGCCGCCGCGCGUCUCCGGUCUCCCGGCCGCCGCCGCCGCCGCCGCUUCAGGUCCUGGAGCCAGGAGCGACGUCACCGCCAUGGCCGGCAUCAAAGCUUUGAUUAGUUUGUCCUUUGGAGGAGCAAUUGGGCUGAUGUUUUUGAUGCUUGGAUGUGCCCUUCCAAUAUACAACCAAUACUGGCCUCUCUUUGUUCUGUUUUUUUACAUCCUUUCACCUAUUCCAUACUGCAUAGCAAGAAGAUUAGUGGAUGAUACAGAUGCUAUGAGUAAUGCUUGUAAGGAACUUGCCAUAUUUCUUACAACAGGCAUUGUUGUCUCAGCUUUUGGGCUCCCUAUUGUAUUUGCCAGAGCACAUCUGAUUGAGUGGGGAGCUUGUGCGCUCGUUCUCACAGGAAACACAGUCAUAUUUGCAACUAUCCUGGGCUUUUUCUUGGUCUUUGGAAGCAAUGAUGACUUCAGCUGGCAGCAGUGGUGAAGGAAUUAGUGAACUAUUGUCAAACGGACUUCUUGUCAUUUGUCGGCCGUCCACGCGCACAGGAGAUGGGGCAGGAAUGCUGAGUGGUACAGCAAGCAUCUUGGGGGUAUUCUCAGUGCUCCCUUCUCACUUUUAUUGUAAGCAUACUAUUUUCACAGAGACUUGCUGAAGGAUUAAAAGGAUUUUCUCUUUUGGAAAAGCUUGACUGAUUUCACACAUAUCUCUAGUAUGCUUUCUGCAGUGUCCUGCUGAAUUUGAGUAUUUACAUGUCCCUGUUUAGUUUUUUUUUUUUAAUCAACAUGCAACCUUAAACAUUUUAAAAAUGUAAUAACCAUUUGCAUUGGUUAGGAGUUAGAUUUCUGCUGGCUAUUACUGGGCUAAAGGACAUCUUUUGUCUUAAAAUUAUUUAACCUCCAUUGUGAAAAGUUAAAAAAAAAAGUUUUCAAUCAGUCAGGAUGACAUCACUCCCAAUUUUAUGCAAACAUGCAGACUGUUGGCGUACCUUAUAGACUGUAUACUCAGUACACAUAUAGCUGCAUUUAUACCUCAGAGGGGCCAAGUGUUAAUGCCCAUGCCCUCCAUAAAGGUUGCUGGUUUUGCUAGUAAGCAGGCAUUUUGUGAAUUGAAAAUUCUUUUAUGGAAUUGCUACAAAGGAGUGCUUUUCUUCUCAGUUGUUAAAGGAAUUGAUUGUUAAACUGAAAGGUAAGCUUGUAAAACCAGAUUUUUGAGAUGGUUUUUAUUUAUGACUAUUAUAGGUAAAAUAGAGUGAGUUGCAUUGUGGGAAGAAACAUCAUUGAAAUUCCAUUUUUUUAAUUCUCUUUCUAUUUAUAAGUGAAAUAUUUGAUCUUCUAUCAGCCUUUGAUAUUUUACUGUGGGUGAAGUGGACAUCUGUGGAACUACUACUGAUGAGGGAAAGUUGUAUGUGUGCAUCAUUUAGACCAGAAAACCUUUCCCCGCUUCUUCCUUUUAACUUAUUUUAUACGUUGUAUAUAUUAAGUAAAUUAACUUUUCAAAUAUAGUUUAAUAACUCUUUAAAUUAGAGGUGUUUGUCUCACCUGGAAAGUACUUGCUAUGCCAUACAUGCAGAGUGCCCUGCCCCGCAAGGCCUUGACAUGAUUAACAAGCAACUGGUUAGUCUUGCAGUUAAGUCAUGCAUUAACAAUUUAAGAUUUAGACCAUGGUAAUUGUAGUUCUUAUUCUCUAAGGUUAUAUCAUAUGUAAUUUAAAAAUAUUUAAGACAAGUUUCCUGUAUACCUCUCAACUUUUUUGAUUUUUAUUUCAUCAUGAUAGAUCUGUUUCCUUUUAAAUGGCAUUUAUUAUGUGAAUUAAUGCAAAGUAGCCAAAUCCAGCUGUAUAGCAGCUUCAGACACAAACCUGACCAAAAAGUUCCCAGUAACCAGGCAUGAUUAAAUCGUAGUGGUCAUUUGCAUCUCAACAAUUACCAGUACCUUUUGCAAGAGCUAGUUAUGAAAAUGUUCAAGUUGGUCUGAUGGUAUUUUGUUGGGACGUUUCUGUGUUUAUUCAGUAUACUUACAUAAAAAUUGUUUUGCCUUCAGAUAAAACUGAGUGAUCAUGACAGCUUUUAUAUAGAAUCUAUUUCUCAAGAAAAUGGGAACCUAUUUUGGGUUUGUUCAGUUUUUUACUAAGAUGCCUAAAGUCCACAGGUUUUAUUGCCAGGCCCAAGUGGUGACUAGCUGUGAGAUGGGAAGCAGAACGAGAUACCUGCAUGUGGCUGUCCCACUUACACAGUAGGCUGAAAACAGCUUGCAGUGUUGCAAUGAUGUAGACCUAAAGGGGAAGGUACAGGCGUGCAUGAAUUAGCUGGCCAUACAGUUGGGAACUCAGUGCCUGUGAUCUACUUGGUUUUUUUUUUGUUUUUUUUUUUUUUUUGCAGGAAGUACACUCUGGCCCUUUCCUGUUUUCUGUUCUAGAAUACCAGUGCAGUGCACUGCGACUGUUUUAUUCACUUGGCCAUAGACUCUUUUUCUAACAGCUGCAUAUCCUUUCUGUAUCCUGGUUGCAUUGGCAGCAUUGUGUCUCUCAUCCUGCACACUAGCUUGACAUAGUGCUGUCUCUGAUCUCUAGGCUAGGUCUUGGAGGUGUGAAUUUUCCAUAGAACAUGCACUGAUACCGCAUUGCCACUCUUCUAUGGAAAGAAAACUCUUGAUGAUGAAACAAUAAAAAUUUUAAAUAUCUAUGUUAGUUUGUGGGUGUUUUUGAAAUGCAAAUAUACUACACACUUCAGCUCCUGAAGUGUGUUAUUCAUUUUAAUAAUGCAAUAUAUUAGUCAUUAAUACUAAACUUGCAGAAGUUUCACUUCCAAAACAGAAUUGAAACUGUAGUAGUAAAUAUUGUAAGGAAACCCUGUGAUUUUGAGCUGUGGUGAAAAGAUAGGUAACCUAGUAGAAUUUUUAACUAGCCCUUUACAAAAAAGCCAUAGAGGAUUCUGUUGGCCUGAAAAGACUGUUGAUAAUCAAAAGUCAAGAUUGUACCUGUUCUUAAAUUUUCAGAACCUUUUUUAUGACUGUGUGUUUUAUUGUGUAUUUAUUACCAUUCAUUAUUGGAGCAUUUGGCUUUUUGCAAACCUUUCAGAUAGAGGUAAAAAAAUCUAUGUGGCACAGUGUGAAUGGGAGAGAAAUACUGUUCUCUUUUAUCAAACGUGAAUCUUGUCCUCGGUUGUCCUAAUUAUCUAAUCUCAUUAUAUAUUUUAAAAAGUUUAGAUCAUAGUUUCUUAGUGCUUGCUCUAACAUGAUUUUGGGGGGUAUUGUCAAAAUAAUCCAGAUUUCUAGACGAAACUCUGGAACAUUUACGUUGAAUGUGACAAGAUGCAGAAGUUUCAGGUCACUUUAAAUCAGCACAUCAAAUUUAACAAGCAGCCAUGCAACAUUAUUGUUAAGUGAUGUGUACAUUUUACAUCUCUGUAUGCUUUAUAAUUUAUAAAAUUGGUGGGAAAUUCAGAAUCCUGUUUCUUCCAUUAAGCCUGUGUUAUCCUUUCUCUUGGUGAAGAUUAAGGAGCUCUUAUUUUAAUGCUUCCUAAUUUUCUGACAUUCCUAGGGAAGAGAAUAUAUCUUGUAAAAUAAAUAUUCCAGAUAACUGAAGCUUAUCACAAAAAGAACUGACAGUUGUUUUAUUUAUUUUGGUGAAAGUAUUAAAUGGGUCAUACACUUUUGUACUUUUUCAGAUAUAUUAAGGUAUUUUGUGUUUUCCUUGGCAAUUUAGGGUUAUCAUAAAUUAUUUCCCCUUCUUUUAAAUGGCCCCAGUCCGAUAUUUUUCUGGAACCGUGUUUUUUGCUGGCUUCUUACAACUGAAGUUUGUUCCUUGCACUCCUUAACUUCUUUUGUUUCUAAUUUUCUAAAUCUUUGGUACAUUAGGAAGAAUGGAAAGUUGCCAGGGGAAAAAAUGAGAUAACCAGGUGGAUUGAAUCAGUAAUGUAACAUUUUUGUACACAGUACCUCAGUGGACCUAGCGAGGUGCUCCCACCUCAUAUAUGAAUGAAAGGCUGUGUGAUGAGUCGUCUUCCUGUUGAAAAGGCUUUCUAAAAAACUAGCUGGUAAACUGUACACCAGACACUGAGGGGUUGUGACAGAGAACAUGGAGGUAUGACUUGCUCUGCUUCAGGAGAAGCCUUAUGGUUCCACUUUCUGAACUUGAGGAGUUACUUGUACUUGCGUAGGCCUCUAACUGAUUUCUCAGAGCAUAUAUCUCUCUUCACCAUUUGUUUUCAGUUGCAAAAAGUCCAGAUAUGAAGACAACUUUACAGUUUAUUCUUACCGGACAAUCUGUACGUUAUAUUUUGCUUCUAGUCUCUUGAAGAUUAUUUGAGUGCAUCUUGGGAUUAGGACCAUGCCCUGUAGUCACAAUUCAGAUAUUAGUUGUUAGGCUUGUAAAUUCCCAUUAGAGGGAAUAAAACCAUCAGACUCCAAAAUGUUUCCACAAGUGAGAAAUUAUGACCAUGAAACUUUCCUUUUGUGAUUAUAGUUAAUUUCUUGUUUGUAUUUAGAGGCAGUACUCACAGGGAAAAAUCAGGAAUUUUUGUUUUAGAAACCAGUAGAAUGGCUAAUACUGUGAAAGAAAAAAUUGUUGCAGUGCACAGCCAUAGAAGCCAUCAAACAGAAUAAUACAGAAUGAAACAGUAUUUCUGUAUUUGUUUGUAAGAGCAUUACUGUUUAACAAUUUAGUUAUCUUGAUUUAUAGUGUGGCAUUUAAUAUUACAUGUAUCUUUUUCUCUUUUGGAUGAUCAAUGUAUUCUGUGAUAUAUAAAUAUAGUCAUGACAUAGAAAUCA